UUUCCACCGCGCAAUCCUGGUGUUCAUCCGUCCGCACGUUCUGUUUUUCUUCUUCUCUUGGUCCCUCGUUCUCUUUCCAGCCUUGUCAUUGGAAUCAAAAGCAAAACAUCCACGCUACAUGCCCAGAUGCGUCUGUCCGCGAUACACGUUUUGGCAACGUCUCUUGCUGGCGCCUGCGGCCAAACUUUUAUACCCUGUGUCGAGGCGACUCCCAGCGGCAAAGCAGUCUUUGAGUUCAAUUACGUUAAUGCUUGCAACACGUGGGCGUGGAUCGGGAAGAAUGUCGGCGUCGACGUCAGUAUCCAGGCGGAUUGCUCUCUGAGACAGAACUGGCCCAACUAUCAGGCCAUCUCGUACGUGUGCAUUCAGCGCUCCUUGGACCCGUCCGCAGAGGGGGCUGUCCCGAAUAAGUGUUUCUGGGCUCCUGAUAGCUCCACCACCUACGAAGCAUGCCAGCUCCCGGACUCCCAUUGCCCAAACAUUGUCAAUGUUGAGGGCUGGCCCAGGAUGUCGCCUGGAGGAGCUGGUCGGUAGAUUUAAGAAUAUAAUUAAACGGUAUCGGCUGUCCCGCUCCCUUGGAUCGUGUCU